GAAGUACGUCACUUGCCGUCAGUGUCAAGGGUCACGCUCGUCCGUUCUACUUCCUUUUCCCGAUCUCGUCGGCCAUAGAGCACCAUCAACAUGGGCAAGUUUAUGAAACCUGGUAAGGUGGUGAUGGUCCUGGCUGGACGUUAUGCCGGACGCAAGGCUGUGAUUGUCAAGAACAUUGAUGAUGGCACCUCAGACCGUCCUUACAGCCAUGCUCUGGUCGCAGGCAUUGACCGCUAUCCUCGUAAAGUCACCACAACCAUGGGCAAGAAGAAGAUUGCCAAGAGGUCCAAGAUCAAGGCCUUUGUGAAAGUGUUCAACUACAACCACCUGAUGCCAACCAGGUAUGUAGACCCUGAACAGUCAGAGAGACGUCUGUGCACGUUCAUACAGCUUCUGUAUCAGAAUUGACAGAUGUUUGCAGAG